UCUUUGAGAUCGAGGACCAAGUCACAGAGGAAAAUGCAGAGCCUACACCAGGCUGCUGGCCGAAUUCUCAUUUCCCUGGGGGCUCUCAGUGUAUUCUCUGGAGUUAUCGCUUUCUUCCCUGUCUUUUCUUACAAGCUUUGGUUCACGGGAUGGAGUGUCUGGAUUGCUUGCCCCAUCUGGAAUGGAGCUUUGGCCAUCACGACUGGUAUACUUCUGCUGUUGGCUCACAAAGAGUGGACCAAGAGAUACCUGUGGGAAGCUAGUUUCACCUUUGUGAUUCUGAGCAUGAUGGGAUGUCCACUUCAUUUUGCUGUAGCCUUGGAAUCUGUUCUCCUUGGCCCAUAUUGCUUCUACUCGUUUUCAGGGAUAGCAGGGACUGAUUACCUUGGUUAUGCAAUUGCCUUUCCUUUUCCAUAUGCAAGCUUCCCAUCAGCUUGUGUGGACCCGCUGCACUAUGAAGAGUACCACCUGACCCUUCAAGCCUUCGACCUGUGCCUGAGCUUUGCCAUGUUCUGUGUGUCCUUGACAGUGUUCAUCAAGCUUUCUGCAGGACUGAUCUGGAAGACACACAGAUACAGCCAAGCUCCUUCAUGUGAUAUCCAUGUGGGUGCAGCUCCUCUCCAAGAAUCUGGACUGACUAAGGGGAAUUUACUGUGGUAUUGGAAUCCAAGAAGAAUUUCCAGGAAGAGAAACAGAAAAAGUCGAUUUGAAUUUCCAUACUGAGGAACGGUACCUUAUUGAGGAAGCAUUGUGUUCGACAUUAUUUAUGACACAUGGAGAACCUGA